UCAGCGGUGACCACCCAAAAUCGCUUGACCCACCAAGCGCACCACAAUGACGGUAGUCAAGCGCACAUGUCCCGCGGCUUCCAGCGUCCUCGAGGUCCGCAGCGCCCUUCUCUCGGUCGCCCAGUGCCUCGCAUCGCCCAUCGAUGUGGCGGCCUUUCUAUCUGCGCUGCCAGCGACGUCGCUCGAUGCGCCGUUGACAGCGCUGCGGGAGCUGCUGACGCGACCGGGGCCCUUUUCCUUUGAGUGGCCGACGCCGGACCUCGAUGUCGUGACUGAGAGCGAUAGGACACUCGUGCGCAUCGCGCUGCCAGCACUCGUGUCCGUGCGCGCCCAGGGCGUGAAGGUGUUUGCGCGCUUGUUCAAUCGCCCCGCCGCGACCCACGCCAUUAAAUGCUUGGAUCAUUUUGCACAGCGCUUUGCAACCAAGCUCACGCAGCUCCAUCUCGAUGCCACGCUCACGUACUCGGAUGCGUUUUGCGUCUUGCUCAGUCGCUGCACGCACCUGGAGUCGAUUCGACUCGCUGCAUCUGGUAGCAAUGUGCUAACCGCGGUGACAACGCCCAACCAUCGCGUGCGCAGCAUCCGUCUCGAGAUGGAGCUCGUCAAAACGACGCCGCGGUGGACGCCUCUCUUGACGAAAUGGCUCUCGAGUGGUUUUGCCUCGCGCGUCAAAGUGCACACGCCUUUGAUUGCCGACGUCGACGACCUCGCACUUGCCAUUGCGACAACACCGUCGCUGCGGGCGCUCUUCGUGCAUCACAGUGACGCCAUUCUCCACGCGCUCCUGGCGACGCGGCGCGCUCUGUCCCAGAUCAUCGAGCUGCGCGUAGUCACAGACGAGACCGACUUGAUCCCGCGACUCUUGCAGCUCGUGGACCACAGUGCGAUGAAAGUGCUCGAAUUUUUGGGCGCAGCAGAUUUCUCGUACAUUCUGGCGCUGUUGCCGCAACUGCCGUCUUUGCACGAGCUCUCAUUGCACUACUGCACGCUGGGCGCCAUGCCGCUCGACACGUCAACGUGGCCGCAGCUCCGGACUGCGUCGUUUGAAGGCGUUAAAUUCGAGGCAAACACGUUUGACGCGCUGCUGGCGUACCUGGUGCGUGCGACGCACCUCACCGAGGUGGUGCUAAACGGCUGCGCAUUGGUGGCCGCCAAGAUCGACCUUCUCUCGCGCGCUCUGCCCCAAUGGAUGCAACAAGGGCUCACGUAUCUGAGCCUCGUGGACAACCAGCUCGACAAUCGAAGCGCGGCGCUGCUCGCGAUCGGACUGCGCGAAGGCCGGAACGUCGCGCCGCUGACAGUCCACCUCCACGGCAAUUCGCUGGACGUACACGGCGUGCGAAUGCUGCUCGAUGCACUCGCCACGUGCGAAUGUGUCCGCAUCCAGUUGAACCUCGACGAGAGUGUGCUGGCGCCGUGUGCCAAGGAGCUCCACGCGCUCGCAGCGGCGCGGCGCAUGCGCGUCGACUUGCUUGAUGAUGACGGCAUCCAAGUGUUAUAUAGUCCUAUCAAGGUUGUCGAAUAAAAAAGAACCAUCUGAUAGUGAAGUAUUGAGGAUAAUAUAGCUUAAAAGUAGAAAGAAGUAUACCCACGUCAACUGAAAUGGA